CUCGUAUACCGUUCAAACACUAGGAUAGGGUCCAGUUACCUAUCAAUUUUAACUAUAUCAAUUUGUGAUAUACGGCAACCACUACCCAUUUUUAUAGGAGAGUAUCUGUUCUCACGCCCAACAAUUUUGUGGAGCCCAUUGAUCACGACUUCGGACUAGAACUUCUGCAAAUCCGUGACUAAAAUUGAAAUCAGUUAAAUCUCUCCAAAACCAAUAUUUGAAAAAUAAUAUUGAGUAAUCGACUACUGAAUACCUUCAAAUAUCCUCUUUUAGUUCACUUUUACUGUGCUCUGAAGUUUCAGUAAUAGUGAUAGGGUUGAUUACCUAAGGUUUGGAGUUAACAUAACUAAGCCUGACAUUCUACCUUUUUGAUAGGAUCCCACGCACUUUCUUAUUGACUGUUAAUCUCGCAUAGAUGGUAUAUCAUCAUUUCUCACGCACUUUGUUAUUGACUAUUACGAUCAAUUAUUUCAAAUGCUGUUAGCUGUCUAUAUUGUUGUAAAAUGUAUAAAUACCAUGACUUUCUUUGUCGUAGUUGUUGUACUACAAUACACAGUCUUUUUACAGCCUUUGUCUUUUGAUAUUUGCGUGGUUCACUGAAUCGGAAGGUACCACAAGCAGAUAGGCAUAUUAGUCAGGCGCAGACAGAACAAGGCGACAACGUCCUCAUUUAAUUCCCUACCGUUAUAACAAAUUGGCGACGGGGUUUUACCUUAAUUCAUUGCAGUUAUAACAAGCAAGCGACGACGGGUUUUAUUCUGUUCAGCGCAGCUAUAAAACAUUUUUGACUGUGUUAAUUACAACCCAAUUACAAUGUCUAUCUCUCUGGACGAUCUCAAAUCUAUCUUGCAGCAGCAGCAAGUUCAGAAUGAAGCAGCUCAACUAAAAUUAAUCGAAGCUCUCACUCAGAAGCUGUCCAUUCAAGUUCCAUCAACAUCUCAUUCAGACAAAUAUGAAAGCAUCUCAAAUUCCAUCAGUGAGUUCAACUACGACCCAAUAUCUGGUCUCGUAUUUGAUGCAUGGUUCAAUCGUUACGAAGACGUUUUCCGUAUUGAAUGCUACAUGUUUGAUGAUGCUGCCAAAGUCCGAUUGUUACUAAGAAAACUUGGUACUGUUGAGCACAACAGAUAUGUUAACUUCAUUCUGCCUAAGAACCCACGUGAGUUAUCAUUCGAUGAGACAGUCACCGUUUUAUCACAAAUCUUUGGUGAACAGUCAUCCAUGUUUAAUAUUCGGUAUCAAUGUUUUCAGUUGACAAAAAUGCCUUCCGAUGAUUAUGUCACUUACGCUGGCAAAGUGAACAAGGAAUGUGAAAGGUUCAAACCACACGAAAUGACAUCAGAUCAGUUCAAGUGUUUGAUUUUUAUUUGUGGGUUGAAGAACCCAGAAGAUACUGACAUAAGAACUCGACUUCUGUCACUCGUGGAACAAGACCCGAAAAUGACUUUACAAAUGGUGACAGCAGAAUGCCUACGUUUAAUCAACUUGAAGCACGAUACUGCUAUGGUGGAGUGCAAACGACAGUCGUCUGAAUUUGGUUCAAUUAACACAGUGAAAAGUCCUCCGAUCACCGUUAAGCACACAGCACGUCAGUCUCAGAAUUCAGCUAAACCUCCUUCAGUGUGCUGGCACUGUGGUUCGUGGCAUUUUGUCAAGUUCUGUCCUUUCAAGAAACAUAAAUGCCGUAAUUGUCACCGUUUUGGACAUAAGGAGGGUUACUGUCCACCGCAGAAAAAUUCUUCGGUGAGGAACAGAAGUAGUCGUUUCAAGCCGAAACAAUCUCCUCGAGUACAGACCAUUUUCACAACUUCCAAAGUCGAUUUCGCCAGCAAACGUAAGUACAUUACACUAGGUAUUAACGGCAAACAUAUUCGUCUUCAGUUGGAUACGGCAUCAGAUAUCACCUUAAUUUCCCGAACUACGUGGCGCAAACUUGGGUGCCCACAGAUUCUGCCGACCGAGCAUGUCGCUAAGAAUGCCUCUGGAGAUAUACUGAAACUCGUGGGUGAGAUAAAUUGCCAGGUUCAGUUUGGUGAGCAUCACUUCAAUGGUGUAUGUUACGUUACAAACUACCAUGAUUUGAAUUUGCUUGGUCUUGACUGGUUAGACAAGCUCCAUAUCUUCAAUGUACCAUUAAAUUCAGUAUGCUCUAAUGUUUCGUCCUCACCACACAACGUUGUUCCCGGACAUGUAUCUGAUCAGUCUCUCUUGCAACGCCUGCGUCAAAAGCACGCUUCUGUCUUCCAGGACAAACUUGGUUGCUGCAAAUUUACCCAAGUUGUUUUGUCUCUAAAGCCAAACGCGAAGCCAAUUUUUCGUCCAAAACGUCCAGUUCCGUAUGCUGCUGUCACAUUGGUUGAGAAUGAACUCGACAGACUGGAAGCAUUGGGUGUCAUCAAACCAGUAACGUAUUCGCCCUGGGCUGCUCCUAUAGUUGUUGUACGCAAAGCAAAUGGUUCCAUUCGCCUGUGUGCAGAUUUCUCAACUGGGUUAAAUGAUGCUCUAGAGGAUCAUGCUUAUCCAUUACCAAUUCAAGAAGACUUAUUCGUCAAACUUAAUGGUGGUAAAUGUUUUGCAAAAAUUGACCUUGCUGAUGCUUACCUUCAAAUAGAAGUUGAACCAAAGUCUCGAGAGUUGCUAACAAUCAACACUCAUAGAGGUCUCUACCAGUUUACUCGCUUACCAUUUGGUGUGAAACCAGCACCCGCAAUUUUUCAGCAGAUCAUGGAUACUAUGCUUGCUAACCAACCUGGUGUUGCUGUCUACCUCGACGAUGUGAUAAUCACAGGGAGUAGUAAGUCUGAAUUGUUUGAUCGACUUGACGCUGUGCUAUCCAAAAUGUCAGAGUUUGGGUUCUACCUUAAAGAGGAUAAAUGUACAUUUUUCAUGGAUUCAGUAAAGUAUCUUGGGUUCAUUUUCGAUCAACAUGGACGUCGACCAGACCCAGAAAAUGUACGUGCUAUUCAGAAUAUGCCCGCUCCCACUAAUGUUGCCACUCUGCGAUCUUUCCUUGGCCUCAUCAGCUAUUACAGUGCAUUUCUACCAGAGCUUCAUCGCAUACGUGCUCCACUGAAUCGCCUGUUAUCGAAAAAUGCAAAAUGGAAUUGGUCACCUGAAUGUCAAAAUGCAUUUAAAAAAGUAAAAUCGUUACUCCAGUCAGACAUGCUGCUUACUUAUUAUGAUCCAAGUCUUGAAAUCAUCCUUGCUGCAGAUGCAUCCGACUAUGGUAUUGGUGCUGUUAUAUCUCAUCGUUUUCCUGACGGAAGGGAGAAAGCUAUUGCACAUGCAUCUAGAACACUGAAUACAACCGAACGCAAAUAUAGCCAAAUUGAGAAAGAAGGUUUGGCGCUUAUCUUCGCAGUCAAAAAGUUUCACAAAAUGCUUCAUGGUAGGAAAUUCACCCUAUUUACUGACCAUAAACCCCUGUUGUCGAUAUUUGGUUCGAAAAAGGGCAUUCCAGUGUACACUGCGAAUCGGCUUCAAAGGUGGGCUGUCAUGUUACUGGGAUAUAAUUUUGAUAUCAAAUACAAACCUACCUCUGAAUUUGGCCAGGUAGAUGCAUUAUCACGGCUGCUAAGCCAUCAGAAGUUGGAAAGCGAGGAUGUUGUUAUUGCAUCCAUCUCUGUUGAAGAUGAUGUAAACAGAGUUCUGGUAGGCGCGACUCAACUUCUUCCGGUGACUGCAGUUGAGGUUGCCAGCCACACACUGCGUGAUCCAGUUUUACAGCAAGUAUCAAAGUUCAUCCGAUUUGGCUGGCCUCCACAUGUUCAUUCAAAUGUUUUAAAACAGUUUUACCAGCGACGCCAAUCCUUAUCCAUCGUUAAUGAAUGCAUAAUGUUUGCUGAUCGUGUUGUGGUUCCAGCUAAUCUUCGUAACCAUGUGCUUCGUCAGCUUCAUACAUCACAUCCUGGUGUUGGGAGAAUGAAGGCGAUCGCUCGCAGUUAUGUUUACUGGCCCAACAUCGAUGACCAUAUCGAAGACCUCGUUCGCAAAUGUAGUAAAUGUGCUCAAGCAUCAAAGUGCCCACGCAAGACAGAACUAUGUUCCUGGCCACGACCGGACAAACCAUGGUCCCGUGUUCAUGUUGACUUCGCUGGACCGUUCAAUAGUAUGCAUUUCUUAAUAUGUGUCGACGCGUUUUCCAAAUGGCCAGAGAUAUUUCCUAUGCAUUCUGCCACAUCAAUUGCAACAGUGUCCCACCUACGUCAACUAUUCUGUCGUUUUGGUAUGCCUGAUGUUCUGGUGUCCGAUAAUGGAUCGCAGUUCACCUCAUCACUGUUCUCAGAUUUCUGCAAACUGUUUGGCAUCCAGCAUAUUCGUAGCCCCCCGUAUCAUCCCCAAUCGAAUGGACAGGCUGAACGUUUCGUCGACACCUUUAAGCGUGCUUAUGCAAAAGCGAAGGGGGAGGGAACAACAGAAGAAAUUUUGGAUAGAUUCUUGCUGCAUUAUCGUACGACGCCAAAUCCUUCCGCCCCAAAUCAGUUAUCCCCAGCGGAAAUUAUGUUUGGCCGGAAGAUCAGAACUGCCCUCGACUCAAUUAAGCCUAGGCAAGUAAAGCAGGGCUGCAGAAAUACAAAAAUGGAAAACCAAUUCAAUCGCCAUCACGGAGCUAAACGUCGAGUUUUCAAAUUGUAUCAGCAAGUUUAUGUACGAGAUUUUCGCUAUUCACCUCCGAGAUGGAUUCGAGGACAAAUAGUGGGGCAGAAAGGAAGGGUUUUAUACAAAGUGAAUGUAGAAGGACAGUUAUGUGUCAGACACACGAAUCAUAUACGAGAUGCGUCAGAUAGACCCGACAAUGGGAGACGAGACCUCACGUUAGAAGUAUUAGUAGAUACAUUUAAUCUUCCGCAGCCGGAAGCCCGGGACACAGAUCACACUCUAUCCAGUACCACGCGAAGGUCAACUCGACAAAGAAGAGCUCCGAAACCUUUUCAAAUAGAUCCAAAAAGCAAGUCCUACACUUUUUACGGGGAGAGGUGAUAGGAUCCCACACACUUUGUUACUGACUGUUAAUCUCGCAUAAAUGGUAUAUCAUCAUUCCCACACACUUUGUUAUUGACUAUCACGAUCAAUUAUUUCAAAUGCUGUUAGCUGUCUAUAUUGUUGUAAAAAUGUAUAAAUAUCAUGACUUUCUUUGUCGUAGUUGUUGUACUACAAUACACAGUCUUUUUUCAGCCUUUGUCUUUUGAUAUUUGCGUGGUUCACUGAAUCGGAAGGUACCACCAGCAGAUAGGCGUAUUAGUCAGGCGCAGACAGAACAAGGCGACAACGUCCUCAUUUAAUUCCCUAUCGUUAUAACACUUUUACAAACUUAAGACAGACUAUUUAUACUUCUCAUAAGUAGCUUAGAAAGACGACUGAAUUCUUAAACAUUAACGCGUACUUUCCUUCGCAAAUUCAAAUACGCUUAUCAAUUUAAAGAAAUAAUACCUCAAAUGAACAUUUAUAUAACUACUGCUACAGAAGAUAACAGUCGAAUGUUCAUUGAUUUAUGCCAUGCAUCCCAUGAAAUAACAAGAUAUUCGCUUAAACUAAAUGAUUGUUUUCAUUUAGACUUUUAUGAAAAAGGAUAAAGAAGACCGAAAUCCAUGAGUUCAUCGACAAGUAGUAUCGAUUUUAGAGAAUACUUUACACCUGCUUAUUUCAAAUGAUUAGUAAAUAACUUUUAUUACAACUUUAAGAUCUUUUUGGAUAUCAAUCGUAAGAGAAUGACUGCCCCUGAACUGAUUGUUCGAUAUGUGUAAAUUACGAAUUUAAUUUACAAAUUGAGAAUUUGACUUAUCAUAUCAUGAGUUCGCUCAAGACGCUAGUCAGAACCAAUUAGGCUCUGCGAAGAGUGAGUUAAACUGGUUGCACUGCUGACUGGGGGGUGGGUCGACCCCAAAUAAGCGAAACGGACGUCCAGUGUCUAGAUACCACUUCCAUCUUGCUGGUUAUCAAGCACUACACGUCGAUCUGAGUAGUGUACACAACUAACUGACCAUCUCAAUUAAUCAGUAGUGUACAGUUUUAAGGUCCUGAAUUGUUGUUUAGAAUGUUAAUGAAUAAGCUAACCGUGCAUCAGACUACAUUUCGGAGAACAAGAAUGUAUUUAUCAACAUCACUUAUUCAUUUCUCAAAAACCAAAAUAAAACAACACAAAAGGCUAUAAACAAAAAAAUGAUUGAAAAAAGAUGAGAAUUACGUAUACAUUUUACACUUAAACAUACUGAUGUAUGAAGAAACUGCGUUCCGCCCCUCCCCACCCACAUCAUCUACCCAACCGCCUCAGUUACAAAAAUAGACUCUAAAAACUACAUUAGUUUUCCACAAUGUUACGGGCUAUGGGUUGAUAGUUUGGAUGAUUAUUUUGGUAGAAGAGUCUGUUACUAAAUCCAGUGAGUCUUAUUAGUUUACAACUAUUGUUUAUAGAUUUCUUUUUUUUGGUGGUUUCCCUAGAUUAUUUUCUAUUCAUACGUACUUUUUAGGUUAAUUUUCAUUUAUUACGAUGCCUCACCCACCAACUAUGGGAUCUGAUCUUAAAAAAUCGACUUCCAUGGAGACAGAUUCUUUAGUAACCGCUGAAGUUAAAUUACUUGGAUGUGAUCAACAUCAUCUGCAACUAUGGUUUGCUUAGCCAGUGCACUACUUCACCGGGAUAGCAUUAAUUCUAAGACCAACAGAUCAGAGAUACGUGUUCUCAGUUACUUUAUCAGACUAGCAAGAAGCUGUAAGAACUUAUACUCGCUGCACCUCAGCAAUCAUAUACAGUAU